AUGCGUAUUGCUAGCGACUUGAUCAUCCUCGUGCUGCCGAUGCCCGUUCUCAAGUCUUUGCAAUUGCCACGACAACAAAAUAUUGCUUUGAUGGCUGUUUUCGCUGUGGGUAUCUUCGUUGUUGUCACGACUAUUAUCCGCCUGCGAAGUCUUUUGGUAAUUUCCAAGUCUUCGGAUCCUACCUAUGAUGUUAUCGGCACUGUAACUUGGUCUGCUAUUGAAUGCAACGUUGCCAUUAUUUGUGUGUGUCGUCCUCCCAUCAAACCGCUUUUAUCUAGGUAUAUUCCUAGUGUAUUCGGCUCCUCCAUCGCUGCGGAAAGCAAAGCAGUCACCAAUAGAUUUCUUCGUCGCUCAGCUACCGCCGCCAUCGAAUACGACGACGAACAAGUCCUACACACCUUCAAUCGUGACUGUCGCACAAACUCCGAUGUUGGUCAUAAUACCAUCAAUACGAGUGCUGACAAUUUGAAUGAACGAAAAUGGAUGGAAUCAAAGUCACAACUUUGCUACACCAAGAAUCCAAGUUGA